UGUGGUACACUUCGUGCGGAUAGUGGUCAGAAUUUUUCGUUUUCCUGGUUACGUGGAAUUAUCUCAUUGGAAUUUGAUUUUAAAGCAACUGUACUCAGCCGACAAGGAAAUGCUCUCUUUUUUCAAGCAAGAGUGCUAGAUGCUGAGCUGAGCUCUUUGCAUGCUGUCUGAGGGAGGCCGUCUACAGAUGGAGUCCAGGGGUCCUCAUCACAUUCCUGGAGUGCCGUCCUCAAUCAUGGUUCAGCCGCUCCUGGACAGCCGGGUGCCAUAUGGCCGUCUCCAACACCCGCUCACCAUCUACCCCAUUGACCAGAUGAAGUGCUCGCACGUGGAGAACGAUUACAUCGACAGUCCUUCCGUGGUCUCCCAGCAGCCGUCCAGUCAAAAGGCUGCCACCAGGGGGAAUGAGACCCUGCUGGGGGCCCCGUUCCAGUCCCACCACCACCACCACAACCACCAUCACCAUCACCAUCACCACCUGUCGCGCUGCGAUGCUCCAGACGCCACCACCCACCCCUGGAUUUCUUUCAGUGGCCGACCCAGUUCCAUCAGCAGCAGUAGCAGCACCUCUUCGGACCAGCGCCUGCUGGACCAUGCAGCACCUACACCUGUGGUAGAGCCUUACCCAACCGACAGCCUUGCCAGGACCCCUGGGAUGGAACCCCCCAAGCUUCUGAGCUCCAAGUCUGUGGACACGAAAGUGUUGGCACCGACCCUUCCGACCAAUAAGCAGCAUUUGCUGCGGUGCGAGAUGUGCGGCAAGUGCCGGUGCACCGAGUGCACUCUUCCCCGGUCGUUACCUUCUUGCUGGGUGUGUAACCAGGAGUGCUUGUGCUCUGCGCAGACGCUGGUGGAUGCAGCCACCUGCAUGUGUCUGGUGAAGGGUGUCUUCUACCACUGCGCCGAGGAUGAGGACGAGGAAGGCUCUUGCGCGGACCGCCCAUGCUCCUGCUCCAGCUCCAACUGCUGCGCCCGUUGGACCUUCAUGAGCACCCUGUCACUGGUACUGCCCUGCCUCAUGUGUUACCUGCCAGCCGCCGGCUGUGCCAAACUGGCACAGAAGUGCUACGACGGCAUCAGUCGCCCCGGCUGCCGCUGCAAAAACAGCCCGGGAGUCUGUAAGCCUGCGGAGGUCAAGGGCAUUGCGGCACUGGAGAAACAAACCUCGUGAUACCUGCACCCUGUCUCGACCUCAAGCGAGGGGGAAUACGACGGUAAACUCAAGAGGGACGUCUGCUCCAAUUCCGGAGGCCAUCCCUUAAUCAUGGUACUAAAAAAAAUGGGUUCAUGGUCUAAUCCUUGCUGUUCUGGUGUCAAUGCCAACAAACAUCAACAUUUAAAGUUUUCUCUCCCUUAAACGCCAUCACGUCCGCGCGAAAAAAAAAAAGGGUGUUUGAGAGUUUAAUCUUGCUCUCCUUGAUUGCAAGCUGUUUAUUUUACCUGUGGGGUGGCUUGGAACGCUUGAAGUAAAUACACCCAUACAGGAACAUUCUAUACCUUGGCAAACUCUCUCCAGAUAUGACAGUAGGCAAACAUUCCACUGCAUUCCAAGCUGAUAACAUGCUACAAUCACACUAACUUCAACUUAGACUUCAACUUCAUGCACCAUCUAUUUACAAGCUUGUUGUAAAGCUUUUUUUUUUGUUUGUUUGUCUGUUUAUUCGUCGACUGAGAAAACAGGAGGGGAAAGAUACUUGGUAAGAGGAAGGCAGGAUGACAACUUCGUGCACGAUGUUCUGCUCGCCUUAUCUACCAGAACGUAGGGAUGACCUUGUGUCAGAAAUGGCCCAACACCAGAGUGGCUGUCUUCUUUAAAGGAAGCUUUGUAGGAUCUCACGAGUGUUUCAAAAUGCAUACCACACCCUGUAAGAACUUCCGUCAUUAUAAACGCCAAUGCUAGCUGUUCAUUUGUUAAAGACAAGCCUCCUCAGGGAUUGACAAUUUACUUUGAAUUAUACAGCAUGUGAUUCCAGCUUGACCAAUCAGAACUAGGCUUUGCUUAAGAGGGCGACGUCUACCAUUUUCACUCUUUUUUGCACAAGAUGCGAAGGCAAAAGUGGCAGUUAUUAUAUAUAUAUACAAAUAUUUAGACACUAUCCAAAUAUAAGCUAGAAUGUUGCCACAGGAAGCUAUAAAAUCGUUUUCCGUUGCCGGCCUUGAGAAAAUCAAUGCAUCGGCCCUUUGUGCAGCCAACAUCAACCAACCAAACUCCAUAUUACUACAAAAGCACAGUAUUACGGACAUUGGCAACACAUGUCCCAAUGUACAUUUUGAAUUCCCACUAGCUACACACACACACACGCGCACACACACACACACACACACACUGCACCAUCAACCAAUCAACACACUUGCUGCUAAUUUCUGAUAUUUUCUUUUAGUGGACUUUGUAAGAGCGUAAAUGGUGUUCCUGAGAAUUUGCCACAAAGUUGUAGUCCAUUAACUCUUAUUUUGUUUUUACGAGCGGCCAUACUUGUUGCUUGUUGCACUUGCCAAGUAUUGGUCGGAUGGCAAUUGGUCUUAAAGGUACGGUGCCCUGUUUUGUGGAAUGCAUUGGGUUUGCCUGCACCCCCUGAAAACCCCCCACCCCACCCCACUCCACAAAACCUGCCCCUCAGAAAACACCGUAGCAAACACAUACAAACUCUGAACAUGUUCGUCACAAUGGCCUUUAUAUGCGAAUGUUUGAAUUAGUCGUGUUGCACAGAAUAGAAUUUUAAGCAGGAGAAAAAAAAAACACUACUGUUCCUAGUCUUGAAUGUAUAAGGAUAUAAAUUCAUCUCUGCAGUUAGAACCAACGAUAGGUGCCAAGUAGAAUUGGAUCGAAAAGCUCACAUAGUUAGAGAAGAUUUACAAAAGUGUCAGUGAUACCUUAGAAAAGAGACCUAUGCAGGAAACACGUUCUUGUAAAUAGUUUCAAGAGACUAGUCGUCUUUAGCUGCAUUUUUAAAUGCCCUGCAUGGUACAGUUUAACUAAAAGUCAGUACAAAAGUAUAUUGGUAUUCUAUAUGUUUUGGAGGUGGGAGG